CGCAGGCGUAAUGAAAUGGGCCUGAGUUUGGGCGCACACAGAAAAUUUGGGCAAGCUUCGGAAUGGCGGGCACAGGCUUAGUUGCCGGAGAGGUCGUGGUAGAUGCACUGCCGUAUUUUGACCAAGGUUAUGAAGCGCCCGGCGUGCGGGAAGCGGCUGCGGCGCUGGUGGAGGAGGAAACCCGUAGAUACCGACCUACCAAGAACUACCUGAGCUACCUGACGGCCCCGGAUUAUUCUGCUUUUGAAACCGACAUAAUGAGAAAUGAAUUUGAAAGACUGGCUGCUCGGCAACCAAUAGAAUUACUUAGUAUGAAACGGUAUGAACUUCCAGCCCCUUCCUCGGGUCAGAAAAACGAUAUUACCGCAUGGCAAGAAUGUGUAAACAAUUCAAUGGCCCAGUUAGAGCAUCAGGCAGUUCGAAUUGAGAAUCUGGAACUAAUGUCACAGCAUGGAUGCAAUGCCUGGAAAGUAUAUAAUGAAAAUCUAGUUCAUAUGAUUGAACAUGCACAGAAAGAGCUCCAGAAGUUAAGGAAACAUAUUCAAGAUUUAAACUGGCAGCGAAAGAACAUGCAGCUCACAGCUGGAUCUAAAUUAAGGGAAAUGGAGUCAACUUGGGUAUCCCUGGUCAGUAAGAAUUACGAGAUUGAAAGGACUAUUGUGCAAUUAGAAAAUGAAAUCUUUCAAAUGAAGCAGCAACAUGGAGAGGCAAACAAAGAAAAUAUCCGGCAAGACUUCUAAAAAGACAAACUUGGUGGGAAGAAAAGAAGGCAAGCUGGGCUUUCACAGAAGAUCAGGCAUCUGAACUGUGAGGGAGAACUGCAUCCUAAGAAAAUCAUCAGUGUUUAAAUGUUUAUUGUAGAGUGUGGACUGUUAUAUUUGUACAUUUCAGCAAAAUAAAAACUUUCAGCUUGGU